GUUCGUACCGCAAAUCUAACAAACAAAUAAAUACAACCUACAACUACAAACUACAUUCUGCUUCAAAAUAAGUCAAGAGUUCAAGAGUUCAGGAGUUCAAAGGGUUCAAGAGUUCAAGAGUUCAAAGUUUGAAUUCAAGGUCACAAUUCGGAUAUCCAAGAUGCUCAUCACAGGAAUCGCUCAUGUAAACCUCACGGUACUGCCUGGCACUCUCCAUCUAGCAAAGAAGUUUUACGAUGAAGUGUUGGGAUUUACAUCGGUUCCGGUGCCGGUCUUACAAAAGGAUCAUCUUGCUUGGUAUACACUCUUUCUUCCCCUUCCUUCUAUCUCCUACAGUAUUCCAUAGCCCCCCUCAAUUAACCUGUCCAAUAUCCACAUCUUCCCCCAUUCCACUAACCGUCCCCAAAAGGUUCGACAUAACACCCCAAGGACAACAAAUCCACAUCUCGGACUCUGGAUCCCCCUCAGAACCAAAAUCUUCUCGCCAUCCUUGUUUUAAGGUAGCGGGUCCAGAGGCUCUGAUAGAGUUGCAGAAAAAGAUUUGGACUUUUUAUGAGAGUGAGGAUGCUGGAGAGGCGAGACCGAGAGAGGCUGAUAGGCCGGGAGAAGUUGAUAGUGGUGAGUGUUUGAUGUUUUUUUUUUUAAUAUAAAGGGGGAUGUUGCUUUUGGCAUGCGAUGGCGAGAACGAGAGGCCGUGGAGUGGAUUUUGGAAUGGUUGAUAGUGAUUGUUCUUGUCUAGGAGCGAAGGGAGUGGAAUACCCGAUCAGGUUCUUCGCGAGGGAUUUUGCUGGAAAUAGGCUGGAGUUUAGUUUGUAGGAGGGAUGAUUGCAGUGAGUGUUUCCAUUCUUUUUAUAUAUAAUCGACUUUAAAUCCUGUCAAACGUCGUUACAGGCAGUUGUUACUGUAUGAUUCCCAUUUUCUCGUCAUGGUUGAAUACCCAUGACUUGUCUUGUCUUUGGAGUUUAUGCAGAGAUCUACAUCAUUCUCUUCUUUUAUUAUUCAAUUCCCAGUAAAUGAUUUAUGGACGGUGUAAUUCUCUUAUAUCAACUACUUCUAUCCCUUUGGUUAUCGACUGAUGUCACAAUCUCAAGCCCUAACCACGCAAUUGUACUAGAGACAUUAUUUCACACUAUAACCAGAAAUCGAUCAGAGUCUUUUACCAAGUUCAUUAUGAAAUAAAGGCGAGCGCUGGUGCUUAAGAGCAGAAAGGACGGGACCAGAAACUGGAACGGAAUUGGAAUUGGAGUUGGCCGGUCAGUCUAUUUUUAAGACGCCGCAAAAGUUUGACCAUCUUUAUGGCCUGUGUUCUCCCAACCUGGGACAGACAACCAACGCAAUGGGACUAUUCUGAGGUCGAACAAUCUUUUCGCUGUGGCACUGUUCUUGUGAUAUUUAUAAUGAAUCUCUUGGUGUGCUGUAAAGAUGUAUGGAAGGAAGGAAUAAACCAACCGCCAAGUGUGCUUGACAAACUCCCCAGUA